UUAGAUGUUUAUUAAAAGAUGAGAGGAAGCAGCAGGUCUGGUUUGGUUUCUCCAGUUCCUGGAAGCUCUGAAGGAUUGCUCUCCGUCCCUCAGCAACUCUCUACUUCCUCUCCGACCACUCUGAGGUCUAGUUCUUGUCACGCCACCCCGUGUGAAGCAGUGAGCAGCUGUGGUGAUGGCAGAGUUUCAGCAGCUGGUUGUCAAACCGUGCUGCUUGUUCAUCAUGAAGGUCGUGCUGCUGAUCACGCUGCUCACAGUGUCAGGAGGUGAUGGCAGGAGAGUUGUUGGUCAGACGGGUCAGAAUGUGACUCUGCCCUGUAAAUAUGACAUAAAGACUAACGGAGCGGUGUAUGUUUGCUGGGGUCGAGGAGAGUUACCGAACAGAAAGUGCAAUAAUCAGCUCCUCUCUACAGACGGACAUAAAGUUCUAGAAGAGACCAGAGCUUCCAGCAGGUAUCAGCUACUGGGACGACUGGAUGAAGGAGACGUUUCUCUGACCAUCCUCAAACUCACAGAGGAAGAUGCUGGACGAUACGGCUGCAGAGCAGAGAUACCUGGAUGGUUCAAUGAUGAAAAGCAUCAUGUUGACUUGACAGUUGAAAGAAGGUGCAAAAGUAAUGUUACAGGUGUUUGGAAUGAGAUCAAAUUGCAGCAGCCUCAAUCCUCUGAGGUGAAAAGACCAGGAGACACUGUGAAGAUUUCAUGUGUCACAUCUGGUUACACAAUGACAGAUAAUGACAUGAACUGGAUAAGACAGAAACCUGGGAAAGGUUUAGAAUGGAUUGGGUGGAUAAACACAUGUUCAGCUGUUGCUACCUAUGCCAGCUCCUUUCAGAGCCGUUUCAGCUUCACUCAGGAUGUUUCCAGCAGCACUCAGUUCCUGCAGAUCACCAGUCUCACUGCAGAGGACUCUGCUGUUUACUUCUGUGCAAGAGAGCACAGUGACUGA